UCAUAGCACGGAAAACCCUGACUAGAGGUGAAUUCCAACCAUGACUCAAACAGAAAGUAAAAGUAAAGUGCUUUGUAAAAGCAUGCUGAUAGUUACCCGUGUCAGUACAAAGCUUGUAAAGAUGGGGCUGGUGUUUUCUUAUUUCUACGCUGAGGGAAUUCCAAGUCAUAAUCCUGAGGAUUCUGUGAUUAAUUCAGAACUGAAACCCUCUCAAAAUGGAUUCAUUGAUCAGCAUGGGCUUUCUGAUCCAGCAGAAGGGAUAGAGCCUGAGAGGAGGGAUGGAGACAGCUGCGAGACGAACGUCGGUCCGAGCUGUGUUUCCAGACGGUCACCAGAGACAGGAAGUGAGACUAAAAGAGGUACCUCUCCUGACAGAAUGUCCCUCACAACCACAGUGGCCACUGAGCAUCUGGAGGGUGCAGAAAGGAUAAACUUUUGGGUGAAGUGUUCGGGGAAAUCUGAGGAGAUUCAUGUCUUCCCUCUGGAGAGAGUCUCUGUGCUAUUGGAGGACAGCUGCCAGAAACUGGGAAAGAACCCAAAGAAAAUGAUGCUGAUUUACAAUGGAGAAAGGAUGGACAAGGAGAAGACGGUGCAAGAGUACAGCCUGAGGGGAUGGGUGACUGUCCAUCUGAUUCCGUCUGCCUAAAUUUGCCAGGGUUCGCGUCAUGUGACCUGCUGCUGCUCUUCUUCUGUUGCCACCCCUCCCUCCCUCCACCAUUUUGUUCGGGGGGGGGGGGGGGGUUCAUUUCCGUUCUGGCAGUCUCUGACGAUAAUUAGUAGCUGGUGGGUGCCUGCCUUUUUGCCAAGAGUAAGUAAUGUAAUGGUAAUUGCAACUCAUACUCAACUCUGAGAACAUGGCCAAGGCUGUGUAUCAAACAUCAAACCUGGGAUCACAGUAAGACCUUACAGAACUUUUCCUAUUGAACAAGGCAGCUGAGAGCUUUCUUUUUUCAGUAUAGGAAGGAUUGUGAUGGUCCAGCUGGAUUAAGAGGGCACACUAAUAAAUCAGAGUGCGGAGUGGGGCAUUCCACAGGACAGCAGAGUUUCUACGAAUAACACGUUUUAUGUAGCUGCUGUACAAAACGGUUUUGCUGAAACUGUGAAUGUACAACUUACUGUAAUAUAUACCACACCCUAACAACAAAAAUGCUUUGCUGUAUGUAACAUAUUGCAACUAAGAUAUUAGCCAGAUAAAAACCCUUUUAUAAGCAUAUUUAACCAUCUUUUAGCUGCUUCAUCUUGUAGGCCUAUAGUGCAUGUUCUGCCUAUUCAUAAGCAGGUAGCUUGUGGUUAACAAUGGUAUAUUUUAUUUUUAAAUUAAAUGUGUGGAAAUAUUCUUUCUAACAAUUUGGCUUUCUUAAUACUCAGCAAAUGACAAUAUUGUUCCCUGUACUGUAUGGUUAAACACAACUAAACUAUCUAGCCUUGUAACAGCCAUUAAACAAAUACACCUUCCAAUCUACAUCAGUCUGUUUGGGAGUGGACUAUCUAGGCUACACUUCAUAGCUAGCCUAUAUACCGUAAAGUGAGUAUUUAUUAUUAUUAUUAUUAUUAUUAUUAUUAUUAUUAUUAUUAUUAU